AUGACGCAGGUGGUUACCAGACAAAAGCAGUUACUGCUCCUCCUUCCAUGGCUGGGGCUCUGGCACAUUGGUGACUCUCAUACUGAUGUUGGCUGCUCUGGGAAACAGCAACAGGGCGACAAACACGAGGUGGUGACGUUCAAGGAUGUGGCUGUGGACUUCACCUGGGAGGAGUGGGGCCUCUUGGCCCCUCCUGAGAAGGAGUUGUACAAGGAGUGUGGAAAGGUAUUCACAGAUAACUCCAGUCUUGCUAAGCAUGAACAAAUCCACACGGGGGAGAAACCUUAUGAAUGCAAGCAAUGUGGAAAGGUAUUUACUCAGAUUUCUGGUCUUGUUGGACAUCAGAGAAUCCACAGUGGGGAGAGACCUUAUGCAUGCAAGGAAUGUGGAAAGACAUUCAGAGUGAGAUCCAGUCUUGUUGGACACCAGAGAAUCCACACUGGGGAGAAACCUUAUAAAUGCAAGCAAUGUGGAAAGGCAUUUAAAGAGAAAUCCAGUCUUGCUGCACAUCAGAGAAUCCACAUUGGGGAGAAACCUUAUGAAUGCAAACAAUGUGGAAAGGCCUUUAGUUUCUCCACAGUUUUUGCUGUACAUCAGAGAGUCCACACUGGGGAGAAACCUUAUGAAUGCAAGCAAUGUGGAAAGACAUUUAGUCGGACCUGCACUCUUGCUGUACAUCAGAGAAUCCAUACUGGGGAGAAACCUUAUGAAUGUAAUCAAUGUGGAAAGACAUUUAGUCAGAGGUCCAGUCUUGUUGUACAUCAAAGAAUCCACACUGGGGAGAAACCUUAUGAAUGCAAGCAAUGUGGAAAGACAUUCAGGGGGAGGUUCCAUCUUGUUGAGCAUCAGAGAAUCCACACGGGGGAGAAACCUUAUGCAUGCAAGGAAUGUGGAAAGGCAUUCACUCGGAGCUCCCAUCUUGUUGUACAUCAGAAAAUCCACACUGGGGAGAAACCUUAUGGAUGCAAGCAUUGUGGAAAGACAUUCAGGGCUCUCAGGCUGGGACUUCUGGAGCCCUAUCCGAAAAAGGAUCAGAGCCCCAGGGCUGUCCUGCACCCAUCCCCCACCUACCCUGGCAGGCUUCUUCCACCUUCCUCCCUGACACGUACUCUGGAACCUGGUCAGAGGAGCCUCCUGGGGGUUCCAUGA